CUCCCAGAUUGUGGUAUACACAGGGGACACAACCCCGCUGGCAGUUGAUGGUAUGCCAAAACGACAGUCCAAACGGCCAAAAAGAUUCACCUUCUCUGGGCCCCGAAAAGAUAAGCGGAGGAAACGAGAUAAAGAAAAGGAGCAAGAUAUAGGUGACGAUGUGCCACGUGAAAUAGUGGGCCCGUUCAGUUUAGAUCCUUCUGAAAUGCCAAACGCAGCAAUGCUUGAAAAAACAGCAAAAAUCAUGCAUGAAGGACUAAUUAAAAACCACCAAAAAAGCAAGGACAAGAAAUACAAGGCAGG